AAAAAAACAACUAUAAAAUACGAGGCUAAUAGAAAAGUCCUAUGUAAUAUACGCAUGAGUUGAAAUGGAAAAAUAAAGGAUUUUAGUUAUGGAGAUGAACAACUGAUUUUUUUUAUUCAUUACCAGUUAAUUGCCACCGCUGACUGGUCAGUUACCCUGGCAACCUCUUAAAAAACAAUCAUGGACGCCUGUUGGGGCAGCAAUGUGUUUCUGACACGCUGAAGAAAACGUGAAGAUGUCGAGGAGUGACUUUGACAAUUACAGGAUAAGAAUGUAACGGAAUAAGGUGGUGCCUGUUUGUAAAAUGCAAACCGAGGUGCCGACUCUGCCCGUAGUGUGCUUGGAUGGAUUAAAGCGUUCAGCUAGGAAACAGAACAACGGAACAAGAUCAUCGUCAGUAGCUGUCAAGAAUCAUUCACCAUGUAAAAGUGCUGCAUAUCUUGUAUCAAAUCGAAAACAGUUACACCCAUUACUCGGUGGGCCAUAUAAAAAUACGGUACGUAUCUAUUCUUUGUCGGAGCCCUUAAAGACUGGUAGCAAAAGUGCCAUAGGGCAAAGAGUAAUGUCUGCAAAGAUGCUACGUGUCAAACAACUUCAGAAUCAGCUUGCAGACGCUCAUUAUCAUCUGAAUGAAUUGGCGAAUGAGAAUAGAUUAUUGAAAGCGUUACAAAAGAGGCAAGACUGUGCUUUAAGACGUUACGAGGGAACCAAUGCAGAAUUGCCGAGAAUCAUAAAUUCGCACCACGAAGAGCUUAGAGUAUUGCAAACUAAGUACAAAAAGCUCAAAGCUCAGCAUAAAGAAACGUGUGACUUACUAAAGGAAAAAGAAAAUGAACUUCAUUCACUUCAGACGCAAAAUAAACAUUUGCUGCAAUUGAGUAAGGAUCGUAAUCUUGGCGAACGGGAGAAGCUGCAGAUGCAAGUAUCAGAUUUAAAUCAUAGGAUAAAUUUGCAGCAGGAUACGAUACAGACGCUCAACCGGAAAUUGACUUUGGAAACUAAAAGCUUGAAGCAUCAAUUGAAUCUAGAAGUCGCCAGGCACAGAGAGACACAGAAACACUUGCAAGAAUCUCUUGAGAAGCUGAAGACUUUAGAAGAUCUUCUGGACAAUAGAGAAAGAAGAUUGUAUUACAGUGGACAAUUACCAGUUUUCCAUAAACCGAAAAACAUGGGAUCUCAGUCUCUUACAAAUUUAGCCGAAAGAAGCAACGCGAUAAAGACAGCUAGAACCAAAGGACAAAAUACUGAUAAUGAUUUACUGCCAAUUCUGGCCGAAUCGGAAUCCAUGGACCAUGUAAAAUUUGGGAAAACUAUACCUACGUCAACGGCCGAUUUAUUACCGCUAUCGCCGAAAACAGAAACAAUGGCGAAUCUUCACCGCGUAAGAAAAUUCCGACUUCAAAAGGCUUCAAGUAAUCGCGACGUAUCCACAACGAGAAGUAAAGAAAAAUCAAAUGAAAGAAGAAUCGAGGAAAAUGGCGAAUCAGCUGAGGUGUUGAAUUCUGGAGGAACGCGAAAUUUCGCAGAUAUGAUGGCACAACGUGAGGCAAAUGAUUAUGAAAGAGAAUUACGAAGAUUCGAGGAGAAUUAUGAAAAAAGAAAAGGUCAUGGAAUUUACAAAUUACCCAAAGAAUUAAAAAAAGAAUAUGGAUAUUCAAGUAGCGACACAGACAGUGAAGAGACUAAUAAAGCUCAAGAUCCAUCGAGUAAGUCAAAAGAAUUGCACGCAAGAUUGAUAGAUAAUGAAGAAGAGAGCUCAGAUAUCGACGAUAACAAUGAUAAGAGAAGAACUCCCCGAUUUUUUAACAAUGAUACCAACCAUGAAAGAUUCAUUAAUCAGGAAAUAAUAUUCAGUCACGAAUCCUUGUCGAAAUUGUCAAAGAGCUCGAUUAGACAAAUCUAUGGGAACUUUGAACAUAAAACCGAAAAAAGAUACGCAAGUAUUUCGGAAAGUGAGUCCGAAUUGGAAAUGGAGUCAGGACUAAAAGAAGAUGGUGAAAAAUGUAAAUUUUUACUAAGGCCUGUGCAGGAUGAUAAUAUGGUGAAAUCGGAAAAGAAUAAUCUAAUGGAGGAAUUUUUUAAAUAUGACAUAAACGUAGCAGAAUCAGAAUCAGAAGUAGAUAAAGAGGAAUUGGGAAACACUCAAACUGGAUUAGAAAAUGUUAAACAGAAGUCAAAGAAUUUUGACAUGGGUCAAGAAAGUGUUUCAAGGGACACUUAUGACAAUGGUCAUCAGCGUCUUAUGGACAUUACAAAAUCCUGGAGUGAAUUGCAAGACAAGAUAAUGAAGGAACGUGAAAUAUCAGAAAGACAAUUAAAAGCUUUGGAAAAUAACGCAGAAGAUUCAUCACUUAAAGUGAAAGCAAAAGACUCACUAUUUUUCAAUGAUAAUAUUCACACUGAUAAGAUGUCUUUAUCGGAUCUUUCAGUUUUAGAAUAUAAUGCAGCAGACAAGGAGUCUCAUUUCAAUAAAGUGGAUAAAGCAAAGCAAUUUGUUACACAAGAAAAUAUGAAUGUUACUGUAGAAGCAAAUACAUAUAAAUCCAAUGAAUUACUUGAAUCACCAAUAGAGUCCGGCGAAGGAAAUGCAGAGACUGCUCCGAAAGAUGAUUUUGAGAAAGUACUAGAGAGUAAAGCACGAAAUUUUAAAAAUUCUGAAGCAGAUGAAUCGUAUUUAAACAAAAUCGAGGAGGAAUUGAGUAAAAUAGAUUCUGUCCAAGGUAAACUGUCAAGUUUGACAGCAGAAUCUGACAGGAAAGAUUGUGUUAAUUACAUCCUAAAAAGUAGUAUAGAAAUAAGGGAGAAAUUAAACGAUUCCAUAAAAACAGAAAAUUUGCAAAAACUUUUGGAAAAUGCUCAGCAUGUAUCGGAUGCUACAGAGGGAAAAUCUAGUAAGGGUCAUAAAGACGAAAUGUCAAAAGAAGGAAAUUCAUUGAGUUAUAACAAGGAAAAAUUGUUAGCAGCCAUGAAGGCGAUUGAUGACAAUGAGAAUAUUGAAUUUUUGGAUAAUCAAAAAUCCCGAAGGAGCAGCAUUUCGAACAGAUCACAAAUUACUGAAAAUCUCUAUCGUGGAUUACCUAGUCAUGCGAAAAAGAAAGAUGAUCUCAUGAAGGAAAUAUUUGGUGAUGUAAAGGUCGAAAGUAAAAUGCGUAAUGGCUGUAGUAAAUUACACUGAUAUAAAACAAGUCCUUUUUCAAAGAAAAAAAAAGAGAAAAAACUUAGUGCACGAGACAUUCAAAAUAUAUAAAUAAUGCACUGUUAAAUACCAUCUUAGACAGUUUUAAUUAUUUAAAAAAAGAGGAUUUUUUCUCUUUGUAUAAAUUUCCCGUUGAAAAAUAUAAAACAUUAUAAGAUCUUCGGUUAAUCAAGAAAAGAUUCGGUGUUUGAACAAAAAUAUUACAAGAUCCUGUGAACAAUUGAAUAUAACAAAAAAAGUUUGAAAUUGUACAUAUUAUACCUCGUAACGUGUACAAAAGUGUUGCAAUAACAAAAAAAAAAUAAAAAUGUAUCACAAUUCCCCUAGAGGCAAAUAAAUAAUUUCAUACGCAAUGAA